AUGACAGAUACGCAAGAUGCUACAAAAACCCCCGAUAAAGAAGUGCUAGAUGACGAAGCCCUAGAGAAAUUAGCCGUCGAAGAGUUGAUACGCGAAGCAGUUCAAGGUGCUGCCAGAGCAGAAAUUGUAGGACCUUCGGGUUGGGUCAAAGCACCUCAGCAGAAGACGAAUAAACGAUUCCUCGUUAAUACACUCAGGAAUGCCAUAGAUCUAAACGAAAAUACUAAAAUGGAAGAGUGUAAUUUUAAAUCCAUAAUUUCUAGUAUAAUUGAUGUUAAUGAAGUAGAUUGGACACCAAAUAAAAAAAUUCCUGUUGUUCUUAAAGAAAUUGAAAAGGUUAAAGCUGAAUUGAAAACAUUUCUAAACAAUAAUGAUUUUGAUAUAGCUGCAGUUCUGAAAGAGGGUAAUGAAUUAUUUACGGAGAGCCAAAUACUUGUAGAACAAAUGGAAAUAUGUAAACAUGAAAUUGAAGAUGUAACUAUGGCUGAAAUUCUAAAAUCUAUUGAGAGUCAUGAUUUGAUUGCUAAGGAACUGGAAUCCGUCAACUUUGCAUAUAAAAUUGUGAGUGAUAUUAUUAACUGUGGGAAAUAUGUUAAGGAAUUUGAAGAUAGAAAGGAGGACCAAAGUUUCUCUAGAGCUGUUGAUACUGUUUAUGAUUUACUCAUGUAUGUUGAAAAACCAUCUGAUGGUUUUGACCAAUUGGAAAUAUACAGUAAUGCAAAAAUUACUGGACAGUUGAUUCUAGAAGGCCUUGUUAGAGAAUUGACUGUAGAAUGGGACAGAAUGGUUGAUUAUAACUCCAUAAUUGAUAAAAAUAACUCUACAGUUAUUACAAUAACUGUUGCCCUAAAUGACAAUUUAUCUAGCAUUGAUAUACUAAAUGCAUUGGACAAAUGUAAAAAACUAGACGAAAGAGUGACAGAUUUUGCUCAGUUCCUUAUGAAUGAAGUGUUCAUUCCAUUUAUGCGAGAGUUCUGUUUAACAUAUUCUGAGUCAGACGAUGUAUCUAUAGUAAAGGUGUCCAUUGAGCAUAAACCAAACUAUAAACCUACAUUUGACGAAGUUAUAACGAAUUUUAGAUUAUUUUUCCAUUAUCUGAGUGAAAAGUUGAAUGUUGAGUUCAAAAGAUCAACAACUAUUAUUAGUUUAAUAGGACAACAGUUAUGUGAACAAUUUAGUGAAAUGAUAGUUAAGGAGGUUUUUAUUAACACUGUACCUAAUAACAUCACAGAUUUACAAACAUAUAAUAUGACCACAUCGGUGAUUCAAGAGUUUCAACAAUUUUUGAAAUGCUUGCACUUCUUUCCUGAAAAGUGUCCAUCAUUGUUAAGUUAUAUGAAUGACAUUGACUUUCUUUUUGCUAAUAAGUCAAGUCAAUACUUCUUAGAGACAGCUAGGGGUAUAAUGCUUAAGGAUUUAAGUGUUUCAAUGUCUAUUGGGGUUGAAAAGAUACCUGAUGAUGGAGUUAAGAUAAAGAAGACUAACAAUGAUGAUUUGAUGGAAGCUUUGUGUACCUUUGACAAAAGUAUACCCCAUAGUUUGUUCUACUUUCCAAGGUGUAUGAUAUCUAAGACAACACAAGAGCUAUUGGAUCUUGUGUAUGGCCUAAUGGAGCAAGCUGUACAAUGCACAGAUAUAGUCUGCAGAAAACAUUAUAAUACAGCUAGAUUUAUUUUUGAAUUGUAUGAUGCUGUUGUACCUUACCACCAUGAAAACUUUUUGAUGACUAUACCACAAUAUGUUGCACUGUUUCACAAUAAUUGUAUGUACUUGGCCCAUAACCUGCAGACUUUAGGAGAUAAGUGGAUUAACCUCAUGGAAGGCCGUCAAGUGGAUUAUGCCAUCAGCUUUGUGGAUCUAGUGCAAAAAAUGAGAGACCUUGGAUAUAAGUAUCUGGCUAUGCAGAUGCAACAACAGAGAAAACAAAUAUUGGAUAAUAUAAGAACCUCUGAUAUUAAUUGUAUGGUGGGCAAGGACGCGCUUAGUGAAAAUGCAGAAGCUGCAAUAAGACAGUGUCUUCGCCAAUUGCAGUUAUUAAAAAAUGUCUGGAUUGGAGUCUUUCCCGCUAAUGUAUUUACCAGAUUGAUGGCAACACUAGUAAAUAUGUUUAUGGACGAACUCAUCCAUAGAGUAUGCACAGUUGAAGACAUUCCAGUUGAAAUGGCAACACAAUUGACUGAUAUGUACAAUCUUGUUGUACAAAAGAUACCACAUCUGUUUCAUACGCCAAGUGAUGUUGAAGCACACGUUAAGCCGUGGUCGAAGUUUAAGGAAGUAAUCUUCGUGCUAGGAGCCUCUUUAAGAGAUCUCGAAAGCCACUGGAAUGAUGGAAAAGGUCCAUUAGCGAUCCUUUUUAGUACCGAAGAGCUACGUAGCCUCAUUAAAGCCCUCUUUCAAAACACGCAAUAUCGCGCAAAUUUCCUUUUAAAAAUUAAAUAG